UGAUUAGGAUAUGUCAGGGUUGUCAGGGCAACUGUUAACGGCAGCAUUAUCAUAUUUUCCCCUCUCUGCUGUGUGCUGGAUAUUUUACCGUGUGGUAGCAAGAAGAAGAUUGGGAAAAGGUGCUGCUGCCGGAAGGAGAAGCCGGGAUCUAAUUGAAAAGACAAGUAGCAGCGGUAUGCCUGGAUCAGCUACAGCUAUCCGACAAGACAGACUGAAGAAGACCAAUGCAAGGCCAAUUCCCCUUGGUUUAUUCACCAUUAAUGAGGAAGACGAACAGCAAAAGAAUGGAAAUUCUGGAAGACAGAAAGCGCCUGACAACUACAAAGUGCAAGAUAAGAAAACUGCCUCCAACCGCCUCUCCUCUGCAACUUCAGGACCAAAUAGCAGCCACUCAGGAAGUAAACCAGACCCUACGCCUGUGCUACGGGUUGAUGACCGGCAGCGGUUGGCCCGGGAGCGACGUGUGGAACGAGAAAAACAGCUAGCUGCCAGAGAAGUAGUCUGGUUAGAAAGAGAAGAGCGCGCCAGGCAGCACUAUGAGAAGCACCUGGAAGAGCGGAAGAAGAGGCUGGAAGAACAGCGGCUCAAGGAGGAGCGCAGGAGGGCGGCCGUGGAGGAGAAGCGGAGGCAGAGGCUGGAGGAGGACAAGGAACGCCAUGAAGCUGUUGUGCGGCGCACGAUGGAGAGGAGCCAGAAGCCACGACAGAAGCACAACCGGUGGUCGUGGGGAGGCUCUCUCCAUGCAAGCCCCAGCAUCCACAGUGCAGAUCCAGACAGGCGGUCAGUUUCCACCAUGAAUCUUUCGAAACAUGUUGAUCCCGUCAUUAGCAAGCGGCUCUCCUCCUCAUCUGCAACUUUAUUAAAUUCUCCAGAUAGAGCUCGCCGUCUGCAGCUCAGCCCAUGGGAGAGCAACGUUGUUAACAGACUCCUGACGCCUACACAUUCAUUCCUGGCCAGAAGUAAAAGCACAGCCGCCUUGUCUGGAGAUGCAGUUAUCCCCAUUUGUCCUCGUUCAGCAUCUUGCAGCCCCAUCAUCAUGCCCUUCAAAGCUGCACACUCUAGAAAUCCGACAGAUCGACCAAAACUCUUUGUAACACCACCCGAGGGCUCUUCGCGCAGGAGGACCAUUCAUGGCACAGCGGGGUAUAAAAAGGAGAAAGAAAGAGAAAAUGUACCCUUCCACCUUACAUCUGGCGUCCGACGGGCUCCAUCUCCAUCUAAUCCCAGAGCAAGAUCAACAGCUCCCUCUCGCCUUUGGCUCCCGUGGAGGUCCUUUCCUCAUUUGCCUGGCACACCCAGACCGGCCUCCACCUUGCCCGCUGGCUCACUCAAAGCUGCUCCUGCUCAGGUCCGGCCCCCAUCCCCUGGCAACAUCCGCCCCAUCAAGAAAGAAGUCAGAGUGGAGCCUGAGAAAAAAGACCCCGAGAAAGAACCUCAGAGAGUUGCCAGUGAGCCUUCACUGAAGGCCAAAGCACUUUUAGUGAAGGUACCAGAAGCCACAGUUGAAGAGAGAACACCUGUGGAAACAGAAGCCAACCCUGCUGGUCCAGCUGUGGCCCCAGCUCAGGAUUCGGCCCCCACCCCAGCCUCAACCGUAGCGCCCUCACCCACGGUGACUGCCAGUGCUUCUCCCAAGACUUCUGCAGGUACCACCGACCCAGAAGAGGCCACGAGGCUGCUGGCUGAGAGGAGGCGGCUGGCCCGAGAGCAGAGAGAGAAGGAGGAAAGGGAGAGGAGGGAGCAGGAAGAGCUGGAAAGACAAAAGAAAGAGGAAUUGGCUCAAAGGGUGGCUGAAGAGAGAACUCGACGUGAAGAAGAGUCCCGACGGCUGGAAGCUGAGCAAGCCAGGGAGAAGGAAGAGCUGCUGCGCCGACAAGUGGAAGAGCGAGAACAGCGCCAACGGGAGGAGAUGGAGCGUGUCCAGAGACAGAAAGAAGAAGAAGCUCGUGUUCGCGAAGAAGCAGAGAGGGUCCGGCAGGAACGAGAGAAGCAUUUCCAGAGAGAAGAACAGGAGCGCCUGGAGAGGAAGAAGCGACUUGAGGAGAUUAUGAAAAGAACCAGGAGAACAGAAGGGACAGAUAAGAAAACAAUUGAUCAGAGAAAUGGUGAUUUAGCCAAGGGAGCUCUCCCUGGAGGAACAGAGGUGUCUGCACUUCCAUGUAUGACAAACUCUCCAGGAAAUGGAGAACCAGUGGCCAGCCCACAUGUGGUUACCUCAUCCCAGUCAAAAGUGACCACGGAGAGCACUCCCAAUUUGGAAAAACAGCCAAAUGAAAAUGGAGUAUCUGUUCAGAAUGAAAAUUUUGAAGAAAUUAUAGACUUGCCCAUUGGAUCUAAACCAUCCAGAUUAGAUGUCACCAAUAGUGAGAGCCCAGAAAUUCCUUUGAAUCCAAUUUUGGCCUUUGAUAAUGAAGGGACACUUGGGCCCCUGCCUCAGGUAGAUGGUGUUCAAACACAGCAGACCGCAGAAGUUAUAUAAGCAUUUCUUCUGAAGAACCAAAGCAGAAAUUUAAUAAGAAUUUCUACAAUUAAUGGAAUUCCCUUCACGCUAUCAAGGAGCAUCCCCCUCUUCCAGUUUUCUAAAGACUUCUUGACCGUCAUUUUGAAAAGACUUUAUUAAAACCAGUUACAGACAACAGACCGGGUAGCUUUUCUAAUAAUUUUCAUCAAUAGAAAGAAAGAAAUGCUCCUCAUUCUUCAAUACUUUAAAUAACUUUCUCUGGUUGCUCCUUCUUAGCAAAUCAAUAUUUUUUCUGCAUUCUUUAAAAGACAAGAACAUUUGGCUAUUAUAAAAGAAAUGGGCUGACUAGGCAUGAUUUUUUUUCAUAUAGAUAUUUUGGUCUUAAAAGCUUAACAUGUAAAAUUGACAAAUUUUACCUUUUACAAUGUAAUACUUGAAAAAUAAGUACCUCUUUGCUCUACAAGUAGAAUGAAUAGGAGAGAGUGACAUUAAGCCUGUUUGUUAUUAUUGCAAAGAGCUCUAUUUGUAGAGGCAAAUUCUAGGCAGAUGACCAGGUUCUUAUAAAUGCAUCUUGUACAUGGACAUUCUUUAAACCCAGCUGGCACAUUCUUCUUGCAACUCUUUUUGCAAACACAUACGAAAAAGUUUUCAAAUGUGAAAAGAUACUAUUUUUUCAGAGCAAGGAAAUAAUUUCUUGUCCUCUUAAAGUAUUUAUAAAGCUUUUCCACAUAACUAAUCAAAUAAAUUAGAACAAUGUGACAACACUGGAAAUUUGAUUUAUUAGAUGCAUCCCUUCUAAUGUUGCCGUGAGAGAAUGUUACUGAUGAUUCAGGGCUAUUUCUGAAGUCUGUAUGUUGCUGCUGUCCCCAGUGAUGGUGGGACUUAUCUUUGCCUUACCUGAUUACAAAUUAUGUGGGGGAGGGGGAAUAAAGAUUUAAUAUUUCUUUAGAUAAAAAAAGAAUUUGGUUUUGCUCGUUUAAGAGCAGUGAAAAAACGAUGGAAUGUUGACUGUGUUUGGUGCACAGGACACGGACCUUCAUGGAAGUCCUCAGUCUGCGUAGCGUCCAUCAGCUUUUCACCUUCAUUCUUGUUCGUCACUUCUGCUGCUGAGCCUCGCUGUACAAACUUGCACUUUCAUUUGCUAAUAUAAAUUUGGUUUUAUUUUACCAUUUUAGAGACUACUAAUGAUUAAAUGUAGAAGAGGAAACACAUGUUUUUAUGUGGAGUGUUUAAAAAGAUAAAUUUAUAUCAUUAUGAUGUGUUGGUUUUAUUAAAAGAGGGAUUGGGUAAUCU